CAUCCACACAACACAUAACACAUAGACAUCCUUUUCGGGCUUUCAUAUUCACAACCCCCUGCCUCUCACACUGUCCCUCUCACCAUUCACUUUGAGUUUGACCCGUUGCCAGCCACCGCCACCACCUCUCUCACUCCCUACCCCACCAUCCACUCUUCACUCUCUCUACACCAUCUUCAUCUUCCAUCACAAACCUUAAAUAACCAACUCCUUUCCCCUUUUUCCAUUUCCAAAACCCUAAAUCAUCAUUCUUCUUCUUCUUCUUCUCUCUCUCUCUCUCUUGCUCCUCCUUCGAGGUUUCCCCUUUUUGUAAUUUUCCUCUCCCUCCUUCACCUCCGACCUGUGAGAUCUACAUGUCAUGUGCCUAUGCGUUUUUUUCUCUUCUUUUUAUACAACACAAUAACCCCACUGAAAGACAACCAAGAAAAGAUUUCCUUCCAUUGCAGUUCAGAUCAGGGAUUCCAUCCAAAGAUACGCUUCUUUCCUUUUUCAAAAACCCUUUCUUAUUUCCCACUCUCUCACACUCAUUCCUUCAUUCAUGGACACCACCUAGCUUCACAACCUCUUUCCUUUUCUCUUUCUUCCCCACUUUUUGCUUAAUUUCCAAGCUAUGAAUUCUGCCAAUAGUGGAAGUAUCUCUUCAAGUGGCGAUGAAGAAUACGAUUCACGACCUCAUCACACACUGCUCCCUCCAACCUUCCUCAACAAUCACCCUUCCCAAUUCGGCUCCAUCUCACACCCUCUUCUUUCUUCUUCUUCCUCUUCUUCUCAUUACCACCACCACCCUCAUCCUUCUUUGUUUGAUCUCUCUUCAACCUACCUCCACGCCCUCUCUCAACCCAACUCCUCCAACCCAAACUCCUUCCUUCACUUGGACACCGCCACCUCAUCCUCCUCCCACCCUCCAAGAUCUCAACCCGAUUGCACCCACCCUUCCGGAGUUAACGUUAACAUUAACGUUACCUCCUCCCCUCAAACUACUACAAACAUAAGCCAAUGCUUGUUGGGUCCUCAAGCAGGCCUCGCCACUGACAAUGCCAGAUCGCAAGAUGCAAUCUUGCUUGAACCCGGUAGAACGAUUAACAACGUCGGACGUAACUCGAAGAAGCGAACCAGAGCUUCUAGGAGAGCACCAACCACGGUUCUCACCACGGACACUUCCAAUUUCAGAGCCAUGGUUCAAGAGUUCACUGGAAUCCCUGCACCACCGUUUUCGGCUUCUUCCUCCUACUCUCGGAGGCUCGAUCUUCUCACCGGUUCCUCCUCCCUCAGAAGCAGCUCUCACUUAGACACAACCAACGGUCCUUUCUACCCUUUGCGUCCUUCGCCACAGAAGGUAAAUCAUCAUAAUCAUCAUCAAAACCCAUUGCUUUUAUCUUCCUCAUCAUCACCCUAUAAUAACAUGGUUGAUGCUAUUACUUCCACCACCACCACCAACAACAACAACAAUUCUUCAUCUAACAACAACAACCCCAUCAACUACCAACAACAACUUCCUCCUGAUUUGGGUAUACCCUAUCACCAUAAUCCACAGAACAUCAUGCUGAGCAUGCAGAACCACCCCACCCUUGCAUUCAACCCUCCUCCAACCCCUCUUCACCCUUUUGGCCAGGCUGGGUUUAGUGCAAAGUUACCAUCCAUUGAGGAUCUGGGUAUGAGCCAUGGCCAGGUUAAUAAUAAUGCAAAUUUUGUCGCAAGUGGGAUAUCGGUGCCACUGAGGAGUGUUAACGAUGACGGAGGAGGAACAAGAGAUGUUUCUUUAAGGUCAUUGGAUGGUGGUGGUAGCUGCAAGUUGAACUUCGCUGUGGCUUCUGCGUCCACUAGCUUGAACCGUGAGAAUAGCACCUUACCAAAUAACAACAACAAUAAUAACCCUACAACUAGAGGGGAAGGUACCGUGGAUUCCUGGAUUUGUUCUUCUGAUUAGACUAAACCCGGUACAGAAACUUGUUAUCAUUACACCGUAGAAUAUGAUGCUGCAAUGAAUUAAGAUCGUGAUCAUGAUGAUGUUGAUGAUAGUGGGUGUUGGUGGUUAGAAUUUGCAGCUAACAUCUUUCUUCUUUUCUUUUCCUUACCUUUCCUUUUUCUUUCCUUUCUUCUUUGUUUUUCUCUCCCUUUUGUUUAAAUAUGUUGAUAUUGUCAAAAAAAAUUCUGUAGCCACCGGUAUGAGAUUAAUUUAAUCAUGUAUGAUAUAUGUGUAAAUUAAAUAUAUACUUCCUUUAAUAUAUAUGUCUACAUAUAUCUAUACAGAAUCGAUGAUGACCAAAUGAUGUUUAAUGUCAUUGCAGAAACAUAAUGGUAGCUAGUUGUAGCAUAUGAUUGUACUUUGAUUAGUGUUUGAUAAUGAUGCUGAUCGUGGUAAUUAUAAGGGUGUGUGGUGAUAAUUUUAUACUUGCAGACUAUAUUGUAGAGUAGGUUAUUAUUAUGAUUAUUGGGAAUCCAUAGUUUAGUAUAGUUUAAUGCUAAAGCGAAUCUGCGGCUAAAAUCCCCAAUAAUAAGAAAAACUGUUCCUCGUACAAACCCUUGUCUAGUGCUUGCUAUAAGAAAACAUUAAGAAGCACACUAUUCACGAAUAGAUAAGUCGGUGAGUGGCCGAGUGCUGCCAUCAACUGAGGAGCAUCAUCGAUUAAAGCAGAGAGAAACAAAGAACGAGAGAGAGAGAGAGAGAGAGAGAGAUUAUGUUUGCAAUUUGCAAAGUUUCAGGUUGAUGUUGCUGAGAACGCUCCCUUGUAUUUCGGGUUCUAGUUACUGUCCCAAGGUUGAAAUGUUGGGUGCAAUCUCUCUUUCUCUUUGUUGUCGAAAUCUGAAAUUUUCCAAAGUUCUUCGGGGUCUCUCUCAGGACUUGCAAUACGUGGUGGUGGCUUUGUGCUACUUUUCAGAUUUCGUCACAAACGGAAGAUAUUUCGCAGGAAAAGUAUUCCAUUAAUAAUAAUAGACGAUAUAUUCCAUCGUACGUUUUUACGUUACUACUCUUUCCUUGAUUUUAAUGUAUUUUGUCUUACUUUUCAACUAUGAAUGAUAUUUGCUUGUGGAGCAAUU